AUGAUAACUACUGAAUUAAAAGAUCGGCCAACAGCCGAGGAAGCUAUGAACCACGCGUGGUUGGGCAAGGAGACGGUUCAUUCCGAAUUUCAAAUAGAUAAGUCUAAGCUGAAGAGAUAUGUCAUCAAGAAACGGUGGAUUAAAGCAGUCAAUACAAUCAUAGCUUUACGGAGAAUGGGUGCGAAGAUCGACACGGACUUAAUUCAUAAUAUUAAUGACUAGUUUUGUAAAGGCGUGAUAUUUGAUUGUGUGUGUUAAUGAUCUACAAAAGAAAGUCGAUACAUACUCCUACUCAAAGGAAAUCAUUUUCACAUAAAAUAUACUUCAACAAAUUAGAUUUCUCCAUAUGUAUGUUGUAGUUGGUAGUUAAAUAAUUAUAAUAUUUACAGCGGUGGCUAGUGGCCUAAAAAAGUGGUGAAGAUGAGAAAAGCUUGCCGGAGCCAAAAGGAGUUUUGAUACCUACGUCGUACCCAAAUCUCAUUAAAAAUUCGUUCAAAAAAAUGUAUAGAGUUUAAGGCCCUAAUAACUUGAAAUCAGUUUUUUAGGGCACUUAUACUAGGUACGAUUCGUUCUGCUUGUCUGGGAUAUUUUAGUUCUGAACCUUGACAUUUCCUUGAGGGUAUUUGUCGAUUAAAACACCAGCCUGCUAAAACGAGUUGGUGAGUUUCGACUCAGCCGCCCACUCUGGGUAGAUGCUGAUUGCAGCCGACCACUCUGGAUCAGACGCUGCAGUGUUUACUAGUUUUGGUCCACCCCGAGUAUUUCAUUUCUACGGUACCACCUAUAUCUAGGAGGCAUUCCCCUAUCCGCCACUACUUAAAUAAUGCAAGGUACCUCAUAAUUACUACAAUAUAUAACAAAAAUAACUUAAAACAUGUAUUCCAAACAAUAAGUAAAAAAAAUUAGCUUUAUACUAAAAACCUUUACUAUACUGGGAACAUGGUGUAAAUAUUGAGAAUAUAUUUAUAAUAUGGAUAUUACACUACAUUGUUUUCAAUCAACUACCCCUAAGACACUCAAAUAGGUCUUUUAAAAUCUUACCAUAUUUUUUUUUAUUUUACCACAAUUGGAAUUCAAUAUGAAAUAAAUUAGUUAGUCUCAGUUUUUGAGUAGAGAAUUUAACUUAAAAGACUAAAUCAGGACAGGAUAUAAUACCAUUGAAUAACUUUUGAAUAAAACAAAUGUCAAUAAAUGUUCUUCUUUUACCCAAAGGAGAGCAGUAUAAGAUAAUCCAAUAUUUGCGAAUACGACUAGUCAAGACUAUCAAUAAGAUUCAGAUUACAUAUAGCUAUAUCAUAAAAAAUUUAUUUCCACGCUCUCCAGAAACAACUUCUAUACUGGGAAGGGCUGAUAAUUGACCCAUACUCAAACUGAGAUCGCACUACAUCACGUACUGGGUACUGAUUUACUGCUUGCAAAGAUAUCCUCUUACAAUUUCUUAGAGUAAAACCUAACAUUCUGGUAGCUUUUAGUACUAUUUUAUAUAACCAAUAUCAAGUUCCAUACCUAAUAAACUCAGCCUCAGCUCAUAAAAUCACUCCCCGCCUUUUCAGCUUAAUUUCAAUCCUUAAUGCUAAUUAACUUAACAGUGAUUUAAAAAAGGGGCUAUCUUAGCUCCUUAGGGUCUUUUUAUGUUUUUAACCAGUUUCCAAAUAUGUUUUCCAUUUAAUUUGAACCAAAUUCUACCUACUUCUACUUCUUGUUAUUGUAAAUGUUUUUUAAGCUUAAGAAGUGCUAUUAUUAAAUCAUUUUGUGUACAUAAAUGUAAUAUUUAUUAAAAAAGAAAAUAAGCCCCGGAUUAUUGAGAUCCAUUCAGUUAAAUUAUCUUUUUUUUUCGUCUUUAAUAAGGGGGGGGCUCCAAAUAUACCUCGGUCCUAGGUGGCCACAACCGCCUUCCAACCUCGGUUAUGCAAGACUCCUCCAGUAUGGCCACCUUGAUAUCUAAGACCGCACGCAGGGUUGCUCGGACACCUUCGCCGUCAAUGUUAAAGACCUACGUGCUAAAAAAACACCCUCCUCAACCAUGAAUUACCGGCCGGUCUUCUGAUAGCAAUGCAUACCUUCCUCUUACUGGUGAUCUCUUCGCACGACCAAUAAGCCAUUUUUCUUUUUUAAUCUACCCUGUUCAUGCAAUUCCUAUAGUUUCUCUUAUCAUUGAUUUGAGUCCUUCUGUCGAUAGCGAUUGGCAACUUCUCUAACAUCCAUCUAGAGUACUCAAAUAAGUCAAAACAACCACUCCAUUCUAUCUCCACCUCUGCUUCCUGUUUGGCUGGCUGAUGACUCACGUUGGUAGUCCCUACUCCGACCAUCGAAAAGCCAAUGUAGCGGUGUUCCGUAGCAAUGUUAUCCAGCCAGCAGCACAACCCAGUUUCUAAUUUUUCUUGCCGCAUUCUGUGUGGCUCAGGUGAUCCAUCUAAUUAUUUAUUCUAAUUAAUUAUUAUUGAUCUGAUUAAAUUAAAUUGUCUGAAUUAAGGCUGAUCCAGAUAAUUGCCCAUUUUUCAAAAAAUUUUAUAAACAAAUUAAGUUUCACACAAACUAUUCAACUGAUCUGACCCAUCUUUUGCACACAAUUCAAACACAGUAACAUCCUCAAGCUCAGGCACAUUUAAACAAAUUUGAAUACAUAAUAAAAAAGUUAUUAACAAUAUUCAAAAACGGUAAUUUUAUUCUUCAUAAUCUUUUGCCAAUUGUUUCAUUGUUAAUAACUUUUUGUUUGAUAACUGAUUUUAUUAAGUGAGUAUAUCUCAUUUCGUGUAUCUUUUCUUUUUCUGAAAAAGUUGUUUGUAACAUCAAAUCGCUAUGUAGACAAGUUUUUUAAGUUAUGACCAAAAUAAUGAGUUUGACACUGAUUAUUUAAAAAUAGUUCCACUAAAAAAAUAAAUGAAACCCCAGACGAGUCUUUUUGUAAUAUCUCAUAUAACUUUAACUGUCAAUCCUUUCUAUACACUUGUGUCAAGUAAAAAAACUUAGGCCUAAUUAGUAACUUUUUCAUACCUGAAGGUGGUGCUCUAAUGAUAGAAGCAUAUGAAACUGUAUAAAGGAUCUAGAAGUAUUAGAACAAGUAGUAUGUGUAAAAAAGUGGUGUGAAGUCCAAAUAUACAAAAAAUUCUGAUCUGAUUGGGAUAAAACAGUAAACUAUUCCAAAAAGAAAUAGAUUUGAAAUAUUUAAUUUUGUAUCAAAUUGUAAACAACUACAGGGUAAAAUUAUAAAGGAUGUAUAAUCUGGCUUUUAAAACCAUUAUAUGACUACAAUAAGUAGUGUCCUAUACAUACAUUUUUGCUUUGCACCAAAAUUUUCUUUUCCAGUAAGUUCAGAUCAAAAAACAAUAUGACUUUCUUUUGUGGAAUAAUCUUUGUACAAUAUUUGUACAUUAUAGUGUGAGAUAUUUUUUUAACAAACAUUUCUAGUUAUAAAUGUUCCUAUUUAGCUAUCUUUAAUUAAUCAUUUAAUUUAAACGCUAUUCUUAUUUAACAAUCAUGUAGUGCAAUAA